CUGUAUCUGAAUUAUCAGCUUGUUCAAAGUCCGGCUGCUGUGUCAAUCACAGGCAGUGCUGACAUUGUCACUGUUUGUCACACCAAAACAGGAGAGAAGACGAAACCGACAAGCAUGGAUACCACAUCUUCAUUUUUCAAAUCUGUCACCAAGCGAGUGUGGUCCCCACCUCAGCGGCCUUUCAGAGUGUGUUGUCACAACAGAGAAACCAAGAAGGGCGUCACAGCCGGGACCCUAGAGGAGCUGAAGGAGAGGGUAUGCCAGGCCUUGCUGCUGUCCCUGUCUGCAGUGUCUCUGUCUCUGGUUUGUGAGGAGGACGGCACAGAAGUAGACUCUGAUGAGUUCCUCAUAACCCUACCUGAUAACAUCAUGCUCAUGGCCCUGCAGCCUGGACAGACAUGGAGACCAAAGGCCGGUGCAGUUGUGCCCAAAUACCACGACGGCACCAAGCCUCGCACUGGGAGGGACAUAGCUCGUGUGACCUUUGACCUCUACAAGAUAAGUCCCAGGGAUCUGUUUGGCUCUCUGAGUGUGAAGGCCACAUUUCAAGGCCUCUACUCUGUCAGUGCUGACUUUCAGUGUCUGGGGCCCAAGAAGAUCCUCAGAGAAGCACUGCGUGUGGCCUCCACCUUCCUUCAGGCUGCUGGAUACCUGCUUAUCUCCACUGCCGCCAUGAUCCGUCGCGUUAUUGAAGGCGCUGAGCUUUGGCAGCCACAGAGGGCAGAGUACACAACCAGAUGGAAGUAACAAAGCAAUAUUCAUACGCAACCUAAAGUCGUAAUCAUUAUUAACUGAGCAGUGAUUGGUUGUAGUGUAUAGUUAAGUCGGAAUAUGGUCAAAACUAAAUAUUUUGACCAUGUUCCAGGUUAUAAAAAGACAAAACCUGUAAUAUUUUCACUGUAGUAACAGAAUAAGCUGAGUAAUGCAACUAGAAGACAAGAGAAUGAGUGUCAUAAAUUAGUAUAGUUUUCUAUUUUUUGUGCAAUAUAUUCUACAUAAUACCUGAGGACUGUCCUGUGUUUUUUGUUAAUUUGACAGAUGAACUUUGUUUCUAUCUGCUCAGAGAUGACUGGGGAUAACAAACCAAACUGUAUUGGUAUUUUGAACUUAAACAUCACUGUCUCCUUUCGAAAAUGUAACUAUUUGAUACUGAGGUAAAGCUGUAAUGAAUUAUGCAAUUUAUGACGCAACAAAUCAUUAGACAAGUCAAUUUUGAACAGCAAUAAAAGUGUUUUAUUUAAAUGACAAUAAAAACAUCUGGACAACA